AUGCCACUUGUAAAUAACAAAGUAGGCAAUGAUUGCACAGUUAGCGCAGACAAGGCUUUGGUUGAUGAAAAGGCUCUGGUGGAUUCUUUGAUAAAGGUGGUGGCAUGUUAUCGGCACUUGGCCUCAUGUGUUGGUGGGUGCACAGACAGCUUGCAGCUGCGGGAUGAGUUGCGACAAACACGAGAAAAGGCCCAGAUGUUGGCCGUGGUCAUCCGUGAUCAUCUGACCUCGCAUCUCCGAAACAAAAGACUGCCUGAGGUCCAGCGGAAAGAGAUGGAGAUCCACUGGGUGGCCUUCUCCUCCAGCCUAGAGCUCCUCCAUGUUGACAUGUGCAAAGUUUUCUACAUAGGUGACAUCUUCUCUUCAGCCAACACUGAUACCCUGGUGAAAACUGGCAUACAAGGUGGAGGCAGUGAGGUAGCAGCCCGGGCGCUGAGCUUACCAGACCUGAACCAAGCUCAGAGCCCAACCCUCCCUGCUGGGCUUGAGAGCCAGGAGCGCACCACCAUGGAGCAGGAAAUCAGCCAAAUUGACCACAUGAUCGAUGACAUGGAGAUGAAAGUCAACGUGAUGCGCUGGAUGGUGGAGCCCCAUGGGCCACAGUAUGCAGAGCCGCUCAGCAGCACCGACAGCGCCUCCCUGGCUCUGCUCUCAGUUGAUGAGGAGCAGCCUGGACACCAGCCUCUAUGCCAGCGCAGUCAAAUCUUUGUGCUCUUAUUGCUGUUUGCUGUUGUUUUGGUGGCAGCCACUUUAUCCAUCUGUAUUGUCUUUUUCUCAUGA